AUGGUCGGACAGGAAUUUACUUCUGUGGCCAUUGUUGGUGGCGGACCUGGAGGAUUAGGAACUGCGAUUGCUCUCUCACAGCUGCCAUUCCUGAAGGUGACCCUGUACGAGAAAAACACAGAGCCCCGAGAAGCCGGGGCAGGUAUCAGCUUGACGACUAAUGCGUGGAGAGUUCUGGAUUUACUUGGAGCCAGCGAUGGGGUCAGGGGAGGCUCCAAAUCCAAUACACACCAAAGAAAUGCCUACACAGGGAAGGUUUUGAGAAUCACCCAGCAUCCAGAAAAUUCCGCUGCAGAUUACCGCGGAUCAAUCCGUGCUCGCAGAACCCGACUACAGUCAGCUCUCUUAUCGCGAGUGCCGGAGGGCGUGAUCCAAUUUGGCAAAAAAGUUGUAUCUUUGGAGGACCUCUCGGGCCAGGGAGUUCGUUUGGUGUUCCAGGAUCACACCGAGGCGAUUGCGGACAUUGUCGUUGGAGCGGACGGGAUACACUCUGUUGUUCGUAGGGCCCUGUUUCCUGAUCAUCAACUUCAUUUUACAGGCAAUUCUGCAUUCCGUGUUCUGGUUCCGAAGUCCCAGCUGGCUCAUAUCCCGGACAUAACGAAUACAACAUCAUGGUGGUGGGGCGAAGCUGGUCAUGUCUAUCUCUCCGAUGUGGACAACGAAGAAGAAAUCAAAGAUCCGCUUUUUGAAAUCACUGUUCGAUCCUACAAUGAACCUGAAGUAUCAGGGAAGACGGUCUUUUGGGGCAUCCCUGCAACCAACGACAAAGUAGGAUUGCGUGUUGAAACAUUCGACCAAAGAAUAAGAGAGGCAAUAAGCGCAGUGACUGAGGGAGAAUGGAGGGAAUUUGCGACAUUCGCUGGACCUCGUCUGAACAAGAUCACCGACUGGGAUAAAAUCGCCCUUAUUGGAGAUGCCAGUCACCCUCUUUCGGGCGCGUUUGGCUCUGGGGCGACAUUUGCCAUGGAGGAUGGUUGGAUUCUCGCACGUGCGCUCCAGUUUACACGGAUUGGUUCUCGUCCUGCGCGGGACGCUCUGGAGAUCUUUGAACAGAUUCGAGCUCCAUAUUAUGCUAAAAUGUAUCAGCAUCUAGACGAAAUACGUGACAAAACGGAACAACUCCGAGCACAAGAGAAGGAUUUUGAUAUCAUUCUGCAAGCCAAAAUCGACACUUUUCUAUUUGAAGACAAGGAUUUCAUUUAUCAAAAUGAUAUUAAAAAAGUCUGGGAAGAGUUUCUUGUGGCAGAGCAGGCAAAGUGA